GAAAGGAUAGGACCGUAUAGACGCAUUUGUGAAGGGCUCGCCUGGAUAUCUAAAGCUUGUGAAGGGACUCUAUACAUUGGGGACGUGUUGUCCCUUGACCUGUUACGGAACGGUCGAAUGGGUUGUAUAGUCUGCUCAUCUGGUGAGCGAGACCAGGGAGCAGCAGACACUCUCUGGCGUUAGCAUGAUGCAGUCCGAUGUAUGUUCUUUCACGGGUCUCCAGCCACCUUCUAACCCAGACACGUCCCCACCCCGGCGGGUUCUGGUUUCAGUCAUUAAGUCCGUCUCCCCUCCUGCCGCCCGCACUCCUUUGAAGCCUCGUCGGCCUCCGUUUUUUGCAGGCACUCCAGGAUCGACUGCCAAACCCAGCCCUGUCCCAACCAGUCCUGGUUUCAGUGAUUUCAUGGUCUACCCCUGGCGUUGGGGAGAGAACGCUCAUAAUGUCACCCUUAGUCCGGGGCCCCCUGUCCGACACCAACCAACACCCGUUCAGUCCGCCCACGCCACAAGAGAGAGCGGUACACGGGGAAGAAUUGGUAAUGUUAUUAUCGGCACCCCAGAGGAAGAGGGAUCCGGCGGGAACGAUGAAAGUGCGGGUGGGCUGAGGGAUGGGAUUCGUCGAGGCCGUCCAAGAGCAGAGACUGUUCGAGAUUUAAUAAAUGAAGGUGAACUCUCUUCCAGUAGGAUCCGAUGUAAUAUCUGCAAUAGGGUUUUUCCUCGGGAGAAAUCCUUGCAAGCUCAUAAAAGAACUCACACAGGUGAGAGGCCUUACUUGUGUGACUAUCCUGAAUGUGGGAAAGCCUUUGUGCAAAGUGGACAGCUGAAAACACACCAACGUCUUCAUACAGGAGAGAAACCUUUUGUGUGCUCAGAAAAUGGUUGUUCAAGCCGGUUUACUCAUGCAAAUCGUCAUUGUUCAAAGCAUCCUUAUGCAAGGUUAAGGAGAGAAGAACCAAGCAGAAGCAAAAACCAAGGAGGGGAUAAGGAUACAGCAGAGUGGUUGGCAAAACACUGGGAGACACGAGAACUGCCACCUACGUUAAAGGUAAAAUCUCUCCAGAAAGCUGACCAGGAGCAACAAGACCCAUUAGAGUAUCUUCAGUCAGAUGAAGAUGAUGAUGAGAAGAAUGGAACACUCUCUGCAACUCGUCGAUGCCUCCAGGAGCAGCGAGAACAGAGAGAGCGUAUGCAUGGCGCUUUGGCUCUGAUUGAGUUAGCCAAUUUGGCUAGUUAACAGCUCCACCAGUAACAUUAACCAGACGUACGAAGUAUCCUGCCCUAGCUGUAUCUUGGCGCCUUUUUAUUUUCCAAAAGUGGCUUGAUGUUUUCUGCCCUUCUAGGUAGAGGAGGCGCUGAGAAAUAUGGCUCUGGGUUUUAAGCUAAGCACCUUAUUUGCUUGACAUAGGCUGCUAUCCUGUAGAAAUUUAUGAAGAAUGUUGUUGCUUCCUGAUUUGGGGGCAAGAGAAUUGCACUUUUUAUGGUAAAAGAUAGUUGUAAAGUCUUGUUAUAUAAUUAUUUUUGUAAAUAUGGGAUGGAAAAAAGACAGGGAUAUUUUUUACACCUUUGUGGAAAAGCUAGAUUUUACAAGCUUAACAUGUUUAUUUGCUAAACUUUGUGUUCUUUAAAUUCAAAGGAGAUAUAAAGUCCUCUGUCCCCAAGUAACAUUAUCAUCCUCUUCGCAAACCAGGGUAAAACUGAUAACGUUUACUGAACAAAUGUUUCUAUUUUUUUUUAUUUAUUUUUUUUUACUUACUAACACAUGCAAAAUAAACAUUGGCAAGCAGUAUAAAUAUCAUGAUUGUUGCACAUCAGUUUUGGUAAAGUCUCAUUUUGGAAAAGUGCAAAUAUUCGCACUCAUGCAAAAGCAUUUUUAAACAUGGUUAAGCUUGCAAAAUGUAGAUGUCUAGAGUUGCUCAUAAAAUGAGCCCUAUGAUAUAAAGCACUUGUUUUUAACGGGGGUAUUUUACAUGGUGGUAUUGAUUUGUAGUAAACUAUUUUCAGAUCUAAUUUGCAAACACUAAAUUUUUAAUAUUCAGCGCUUUUAGGAUAUUUUUCUUAUUUUGCAAAUUGCAAGGCUCAAUUAUAUUGUUUGUUGCAAAAUGCCUAAAAGCCACUUUAUAUUGCUUUAAUAUGCAGUUGUGUUAUGCUAAAUAAGAUUUAGCUAUUAUAUUGGGACAUCAGACACAAAAUUACUGUAGUGGAAGUGAUCUCUUAAAAUGGUGACUAUUUUAGCAAUGACUAAAGCUUUACCGCCUAAUACUUGGUACAUUGCUGAUUUCUGCUUCCGAUAUAAGCUAUGUAUGCUAAUUUUAUUAAAAAUACACAAACAUCUCUGCCAUUUUCCCAUGACAUUUUACAACAUGGGCAUUUUAUUGGCAACCAAUUCAACUUUUAAAUUACUUUGCCUUAUUUUUUUUUCUUUUAAUUGGCUGAGUUUUACUAUAAGUGUGAGUAUUUAUUUGUAUAGGAAAGUCUUUUUUUUUUUUUUU